GACUUGUAUAUAAUGUCACUCCAUACAUGGAAUAUCAUCCUGGUGGUGAGGAUGAACUAAUGAAAGCAGCGGGAACGGACGGUACAGAUCUCUUUGAUCAGGUUCAUCGUUGGGUCAAUUAUGAAUCCAUGCUGAAGGAAUGUCUUGUUGGAAGAAUGGCUCUCAAGCCUGCCUCUGUUUCAAAAGGUAUGCUUCUUGAAAAGAAAGUGCUGGAUGCCUCUGCUAAAGAUUCAGCUCCAAGUUAUGACUGGUUCCAGACAGAUGGGUUGAUCACCAUUGUUAUAUACACUAAGCAGAAGGAUGUGAAUGCAGAGUUGGUGAUAGUUGACUGUCAAGACAAAAGAUUAAGGGGAGAGAUCAUCGUUAAUGACUACUCGUAUGUCUUAGAAGUUGAGUUGGAUCAUGCAGUUGAAGAAGACUUUUCAAUAAGAAUUGCUGAAAAAAUUGGAAAGGUAGAGAUAAACUUGAAGAAAAAAGAUAACAUUCAUUGGAAAAUGCUGGGACAGCCUUUGGAGAGCCAUAACACCUUUAUCAAGCGCAAGGACAGAGGUCUGUUCUACAGAAAAUGCAAGUUGGUUUCUAAGACAGAAGUUACCCAUGACACCAAGCUCUUCUGCUUUAAGUUGCCUGAGAGCACUCAUUUCCAGAUUCCCACUGGACAACAUGUUUACCUCAAACAAGUUGUUGCAGGGACAGAGGUGGUAAAACCAUACACACCUAUAUUGCCUUUUUUGCCACUGGAUUUCAAAGAACCAUCUUGCCAUGAUAGUACAAAUAUAUACUUAAUGAUUAAAAUUUAUCCCAGCGGACUGUUCACACAGGCCCUUGACCACCUACAAAUUGGAGAUUGUAUUUCUAUCAGCAAUCCUGAAGGUAACUUCAAGAAGUCCCAAGUUGAAGCUGUAGAAGAUCUCUUUUUGUUGGCAGCAGGCACAGGCUUCACACCAAUGGUUAAACUGCUCAGUUUUGCUCUGGCUGAAGUUGUUUCUCUCCGGACAGCAAAGCUGAUCUUCUUCAACAAAACAGAAGAUGACAUACUUUGGAGAAAUCAACUGGACCAAUUAGCUCUUAAAGAUGAAAGGUUUGAGGUUCAGUUUGUCCUUUCAGAACCAACAAAGGACUGGGUGGGUAAACAGGGGAGAAUUUCUUCAUCUCUUCUCUCUGGGCUUAUGGAGAGAAGCAGAAAAGACUCCAAAGUGCUUAUCUGCAUCUGUGGUCCAACACCCUUUACUGAACAAGGAGUACAAUGUCUGAAGGAUCUUGGAUACUCCCAAGAAGAAAUGCAUGCUUUUACUGCGUAAAACAAAAUGAAGAUAUCAAUGUGUCUUUGUAUAACUCAACCUUAUUUAUUUACCUUUGUGGAUUUAUUUAAAUGAGAAGUAAUUUUUUGAAGACUUUCACUCUUGGUACCCAACUGUUUCUUGGAAGAAAUUUAUCUUUGAAAAAACAUUUUAUACUGUGUUUUAUCUUGUUUUUGUAAAUAUUUUUGCUAAUACUUAAAAUUCAUCCAGGAUAUUAAUUUAUCAUACAGGCAAGCAAAAAUGUGCAGUACACAUUGUUAGUUAUAUAAUAUUAUUGAGUCAUGAGAAUUUUGG